GCGCAGGUAUGCAGGUGGAACUGAGAGAUACAAGUGGGCGGAGUUGUAAUGCGAACGAGCCGCAAGCGAAACCUUCAGUUUUUGAGCGUGAGACCCACGCGCGUGCAGCAUGGCCGCCGAGUUCACUCAGGAGUCCGUGCUGCGAUUCAUUCUCAGCAACGGCGGCAAAGUGCGAAACGCGGAUUUAUUGACGCACUACAGACGCUUUCUGCGCGAGGACGAGGAGAGAGAGCAGAACCGCGAGUUGUUCAAGAAGUACGUGAACUCCGUGGCGACGGUGAGACAGGAGGACGACGCGUCUCACGUUGUGCUGAGGAAAAAAUACCGCGCGCUUCUCGGAGACGUCGCCAAGAAUCUCGACCCUACACCAGUGAGUAGAAACCAGGACUGUAUACUACAAACUGCUCCUAAAACUCGUGUUGAGAUCUUGCCUGCUGCUGGAAUUGUAACCGCCACAACCAAAAACAACAAUAACAACGAUUUUACUCCCAGUUUUGAGAAGGAUGUCCAAACUUUACCUCGUAGCGUAGAACAACCUGUAUUAUCCAUUAACAGCACCUGCCCUUUGAGACCAGCUCCACCUGACAUUGACAGUCGCUCGAGUGGGAGUGGCCAAAGUGUUGAACAGCCAGGGGAGACGAAAGUGACCCAGGAGGCAAGCAGGGUGGAACAUGAUGUUUACGCCGCCAAACAGAGACAAUUAAGGGAAGCAGAUGGUUGCGAGCAGUCUUUUGUCAAGCCUACAUGUUACUACGAGGUUAGAGCGUCGCCUCUGUCCGGAAAGCCCGACACGUCAGACGCUUAUAAACAAUUCCCAAAACACGCAGAAGGGCCUCCACUGGUCACCAUUGGUCAGUCUCACAUAUCCACCUCGACUCCCUGUCUGCUGGACGCCCCUCAGUACGUGCACGCCCCCCUGUUCACCCAAGCUGGGCUGAGCCGGAGCAAUGACAGUCUACGGAGGCCACAUGGAGCCCCAGAUGCCCCCAAACCUCAAAACGCCCCUCCUGCCUUGUAUCUGCAGCCCUGUCACCCCAAAAUUCUUACUACUAGUCAGGACAGCCUUUCAACAACCUCCCCCACAUCUCUUGUGUCUGACACGGGCUGGAAUCAGGGCUCCGGGCGCGAAGAGGGGUCCAGCGACGAUGGUUCCAAGUAUCUCUCAGGACAAGAUGAGAACGAUGUGCGUUCGUUCCUGCGUCGCAAUCAGGAGACGAGAUUGCUGUCUCAGCUGCACCAACCCAGCCACAACGUCGGACCCUUGCAUCACUCCACCGGUCACCUCGACGACCAGUCGUCCUCGCGUAGCGCCUCGCCGGAGACGCAUCACGGACCCGUCGCCCGACGUCUCAGCUCUCGCCUGCGGAGUCGCAUGUGCCGCAGCCUCGGAGAAAACCUGGACCUGCCGUUCCCAGAGGACACCGGCUCGGCCCGGCACAACCGUCUCCAGCUGCUGUCCUCCACCCUGAGCAUGGGUAAUUUAGUUUCCGCCCCCUCCAGCAGAGGCUCCCGUGACUUCUCCUCGCCCGCCGGGUCCAUGCGAAGUUUGCACGACGGUUCCUUCAGCAGUAAACAUUCCUCAGUCCCGCUCGAUCCCAGAGAACACGAGUGGUUUGUUAAAGCGGCGUCAGGGACGUGGACCGACAUCUACGCCCUCUUCCGAGAGGACCCCAACCUCCUUUACAAACGGGACUUCAUAUCCGGCUUCACCAUCCUCCACUGGAUCGCCAAGCACGGUGACCAUCGUGUUCUGAACACGCUUUCGUACGGAGUGGAAAAGGCCGGUAUGACUCUGGACAUGGAUGCCAAGACCCUGUGCGGGUACACGCCGCUUCACCUGGCGGCCAUUCACGGGCACAAGAAGCUAAUUCGCCUCGUGGUGCAAAAGUUCAAAGCCGACGUUCGGGUCAGGGACAGCAGCGGGAAGAGGCCGUGGCAGUACUUGAGUCAAGAUGAAAACAGGGAUAUUUUCGAGCUUCUGGGAGCACCGCAGAAGAUGAUCGGCGCCAGUUCAACAUUGCUCAGCUCUGGGGAGAAACUUCCAAUGAGACCCGCCACCGCCAAAAUAAACGUAAAGAGACAUGCAUCCAUCGCUGCACUGUUUAAACACAAAUCUCACUUGAGGGUCUCCUCCGCUUCGGAAGCUUUUUAGCUUUGCCCAGCUGGACUGUUUGAUCGGUGGCACCGUUUUUGGGGUGAAAAAAUAUGCACUUUGUCACUUAUUUUGGGAUUCAAAAUCUAUUACACUUAAAGGCGUGGGAUUUUUAAAUGUUUUGUUCUCAGUGUACAGGUGUAUAUGUGUGUGACACUGGGUUUCUGUUCUCUUUAUGAAUGUCAUUUAAUGAAUGUUCUUUAUUAAAUAGUAAGAGUGUUUUAUGAUGAUAUGUUUCGUAUGCAACUGUGUUGUGCGUUGAAAACUCUAGUCAUGUCGUCACAGAAUGGAGAUCCUACGAGUUUUAAACAAGUUUUUCAUUUCCAGACAGAUUUGGUUCAAUGCCCUAUCAUUUAUAACUCUUGAGCUCGAGUUUGUUGGGCUCUCUCUCUCUGUUAAUCUAGGAAACUAUGCGGUUCACAGACACGCUCAUGUUUUGUAAUCGUGUCAAAGCAGUAAAACACUUGACGUUUACAUUCUGUCAUUUUUUAAGGUGAGAUGAUAAAUGAUGUGUGUUUUUUGAGAACCCGUUCAACCCUGGAUCUGUUCGUCCUGAAUGCUGUAAGCUCUCCGUUUAAUGUUUAACUCGCUCAUCUUCCUUAUCUUUAAAAUGGAGGGUGAGAGAGAAAAUGUUCUUUGAAAAACAUUCCAGACCUGUUGAUGGCUCUCGGAGACGGCUCUCGGAGACCUCCUCUAGUGUUGCUAUAGUAACGUCUGUCUUGUUUUUCCUCAUGUAUUCUGUUGGAUUACACGUUUAAUGUGGUGAAGUGGGAAUGGAAGUUCAGUGUGCUCAUGUUUUGAUGAUUUAUAUUCUGAAUCAAGCCUGUAUUGUGUUUUGUUUUUCAUCUGUGCAUCUGACACGAGGGAGGCGGAUGAAAACAGGACUUUUUUUCUCAUGAAGCGAUCUGUGAAGUGUUGUGUUUGCGGAUGUGUUUCAACAUGUCACAGGGUGUUGGCGUUUAUUCUGCUGCGCUCGUGCUCAGCAGUGAGUCUUACAUAAUGUUUACACUGCGUGAUGCAGCUUUAUACUCAAAGUUUAUUAUAUGAAUAAAAGACACGACUUUGACCUUUAAUACUGUGUUUGUUUUUGACCUACCAGCAUGUAUUUUGCUGCUUUAUUAAACACAACAAUUGUUUGACCUUGUACAUCCUCUUAAGAAUUCGGGUCACAAGAGUG